AUGUCGAAAACAGAGUUCGAAGUGUUGCUAGAGACAUUCACAUUCCCUGCUGAUUCAGCUCCUUUCAAGAGUUGUCAUGCAUCUACCAUUGUUGAGGUUGAUAAAGAUCAUUUUUUGACUGCGUAUUUCGGAGGCACAUAUGAAGGAGCACCUGAUGUUAAAAUCUGGUUGCAGCAUUUCAAGGAUGGUCAAUGGGACUCAGCGGUUAUUGUUGAUGAAGUGCCAGGAGUACCAAUGUGGAACCCUGUGUUGUUUAAGCUUCCAUCUCAAGAGCUCUUAUUGUUCUACAAAAUUGGCCAGGAGGUUCAAAAAUGGAGCGGUUGCAUGAAACGAUCAUAUGACAAAGGUAGAACCUGGACUAACAGAGAACAGCUUCCUCCCGGGAUUCUUGGUCCCAUUAAAAACAAGCCUAUUUUGCUUGAGGAUGGGACUCUCCUUUGUGGAUCAUCAGUUGAAAGUUGGAAUUCUUGGGGAGCGUGGAUGGAGGUCACUUCAGACGCGGGUAGAUCAUGGAAAAAGAAAGGCCCAAUAUACAUUCAAGGCAAGAAUCUUAGUGUGAUCCAACCGGUUCCAUACCAAACCGCAAUUGGGAAACUACGGGUUUUACUCAGAUCAUUCACCGGCAUUGACAGAAUAUGUAUCUCAGAAUCAUCAGAUGGCGGUGAGAACUGGAGUUUCGCAUCACCAACGGUUCUCCCAAACCCAAAUUCAGGUAUCGAUGGAGUCAAGCUAGAGGAUGGUAGGCUAGUGCUUGCUUACAACACAGACUCAAGAGGUGUGCUCAAAGUAGGAGUUUCUUUAGACGAUGGUGAUUCUUGGACCGAUGUUUUAACGUUGGAGGAAACUCCGGGAAUGGAGUUUUCGUACCCGGCGGUUAUACAAGCCGGAGAUGGGAAUGUCCAUGUCACAUAUACAUAUAACAGGACACAGAUUAAGCAUGUUGUGCUCAAGACUAAGACAUACAGUAUAUCGGUUCGAGUCCAUACCGGAAAACCCGGUGAAGCAUGA